GUGACGCCUCACCGCCUCCCCGCGCGCCCGGCGCUGCUCCCACCUGCUCGGCUGGGGACGGAGCCGGGGGACUGCAGGCCGCCGGUCGCGACGUUGACGGCACUUAGCUGGUGUGCCGCAGAGAAACGCCGAGGAUUGCGGGGGCGUCAGUGCCCCGGCCGAAUUAGAAUUUAACUCUGUUGUUUUGGGCACCAUGACGCUAAGACUUUUAGAAGACUGGAGCAGGGGGAUGGAUGUGAACCCUCGGAGAGCGCUCUUGAUUGCGGGCAUCCCCCCACCCCCGACCUGCUCUGUGGCGGAAAUCGAAGAGGCCCUGCGGGCUGGUUUGGCGCCCUUGGGCGAGUGCACGCUGCUGGCGAGGAUGUUCCGGCGGGUGGAGAACUGCACUGUAGCCUUAGUAGGGCUAACCGAGGAGACUGGUCAUGCUCUGGUCCCUAAGGAGAUACCCGGGAAAGGGGGUGUCUGGAGAGUGAUCUUUAAGCCCCCAGACCCAGGUAAUGAAUUUUUAAGCAGAUUAAACGAAUUCUUAGAGGGAGAGGGCACAACAUUGGGUGAGUUGACCAGAGCCCUUGGAUGUGGAAACGACCCUUUUGACCUAGACCAGGGCAGGACCCCAGAAAUGCAGGCCUCUUUGUUGGCUCGGGCAUUACAGGAGGCUCUUGAGCCUGUUCUGCAUUACCUGCAAUACAAAAAGCUGCGGGUGUUCUCAGGCAGCAAUCCUCCAGAACCAGGAGAAGAAGAGUUUGAAUCCUGGCUGUUUCACACCACUCAGACGGUGAAGGCAUGGCAGGUGUCAGAGGCAGAGAAAAGAAGGCGAUUGCUGGAGAGCCUUAGAGGCCCAGCCUUUGAUGUUAUUCGUGCCCUCAAGAUAAGCAAUCCUUCCAUUACAGUCGCUGAAUGCCUGCAGGCCCUCAAGCAGGUUUUUGGGGUUAUCGAUAGUCCUAGGGAAUUGCAGGUCAAAUAUCUGACGACUUAUCAGAAGGACGGAGAAAAACUGUCUGCUUACGUGCUAAGGUUGGAGCCUUUAUUACAGAAGCUGGUGGAGAGAGGAGCAAUCAAGAAAGAUGUUGUGAAUCAGACCCGCCUAGACCAGACCUUGGCCGGGGCGGUCCACAGAAGGCUUCGCAGCAGGUUUGCUGUGCGGGGGGCUGGCCCAGCCCCUGGUUUAUUGGAAUUACUGGCACUGAUAAAGGAGGAAGAGGCCGCUGAGGAGGAAGAGGCCCUUCUCCAGGCAGGGUUAAGAAUUUCUCCUGAAUCUUAGGAAACCAGGAAGGGACCGUUGGCAGCAAGCAGAACAGUCAUUGGACCCUGUGAUGGACGUUAAUCAAUCCCUUCCUUGUGCGGCUGAGUAACUCAUUGUGUGCAGUUAUCAGCCCAAAUCCUUUGUCAUUCCUGCGCCUCUUUAAUGUCUCCUAAGUGUGUCAUGGACUAGGAUGUAGUAUUCAUGUAUUUAAAUUUACCCCUGUGUAUUUGCCAUACAAAAUUGUACAGAGGGUCUGUCACUACGUAUGUGUGGUGCUCCAAGAGGACGGGCAAGGCUCAGUUACAUGUGCUGACCGUUGAGGUGUCAGCUUCCAUGGUAACAGGUGCAAGGGUGGCAUGGUGGAUGUGAUUAUUCUAGAUAGUUCUUAGCUGUGUGUUGCUGUACAUUUAUCAUGAAGAUAAGAGCAGUGGCCAAGAUACUAAGGUAUCUUCUGUCUGAUUCACAAUUUUACUGAUUCUGUGCCGUCAAAACGAGGCAGAAUCAAAUGCUGUCGCCUCUAACCCCAGAUUUCUGAUAAUGUGUCAUCACAACAUCCAGUGCUGAAUGCUGUUUUAAUAGGUGUUAUAAAGUGAUCUAUGUGAACUUCUAAAAUAAAAGAAUGCUAAUAAAGUGACCUUUAAAAAAA